GUGGACAUAUCGACAGCUUUGGCGAUUGUCUCAAUUGAAGUAGCUGCAAAAUGUCUUAUAAAAAUAGUCGGAAUAUAGGCAAUUACAUAUAUUUCUAUUUGAUUGUUGGUAUUACUAUUCCUAAAACAGUUACAGCGAUAGAGCCAAUAAGCAUUAGUGCAUCUGUUUUGGGCACCGCUAUUGGAUUAGGCUAUUUGAAAAGUCAAACCUAUUGUCGGUUUUAUGAGUGCUGCGAUAACCGAAGCAUUCCGGCUGACAUGAACAAGCUACAUCACUCGCUGUCUACAACUCUCUUUGGACAGCAUAUGGUGAGUCAGCACGUUCUUCCCGCUCUCGUUGCUCAUCUGAAGUCAAACAGCCCGUCUCGUAAGUCGCUUGUGAUGAGUUUCCAUGGGACGCCAGGCACCGGCAAGAGCUUUGUUGCCGAUCAAAUAGCGGAAGCGCUUUACCUGGAAGGUACCAAGAGCAAAUUCUUUCACAAGUAUUUUGGUCGAGCGGAUUUCGCGCAUCCCGCCCGCGUGCAUGAGUAUAAGGAGCGCAUAAAUAAAGAGGUGCGUGAAAGCAUACGGGAUUGUCCACGUUCACUGUUUAUAUUCGAUGAGGUGGACAAAAUGCCGAUUGGCGUCUUCGAUACGCUGACAUCUUUGGUGGACUAUGCGGGCAAUGGCGGUGACAUUGACUAUACCAAAGCCAUUUUCAUAUUUCUGUCCAAUACAGCGGGCAUACGGAUUUCAGAUCAUCUGGCCGAUCUAAUGAAAAAGGGCACACGGCGUGAGAACACACGACUGUCCGACUUUGAGGAGAUGCUCACCAAGUCUGCUUACAAUAUGCAUGGCGGACUGCAAAAGACACAUAUGAUCGAUGCCCACGUUAUUGACCAUUAUAUACCAUUUCUGGCGCUCGAAAAAACACAUGUUGUGCAGUGCGUGAAGGCAGAAUUUAAGCGGUGGGAUAUUGAUCCAAAACCCGAUGCUGUAAACAAUGUUGUUAAUAGCGCUGUUAUUUAUGAUCCUAAGCACAGUAUGUUUGCAACAUCCGGUUGUAAGACUAUUGAAAAAAAGGUUGCUAUUGUCGCCAACGAGCGUCGCACAUAAAGCUGUUCUUGCUUUCGAUUUAUUGAUAUAUAUAUAUGUUGUAUAUAUAUAUAUAUGUGUGUAUGUAUGAACGAAAAAUAUGUUUUUAUACAAUAAAAUUUAAAUGAAUUCUAGUUUUACCAUGGAUUCAGCCACUUAA